AUCAAGAGGCUGUCGAGUCGAGUGCAAAAACAGAGUCAUCCGACGCGUUAUUACAUCUCUCUCUCCCUCCCUCUCUCUCUCUCCCCUCCGCCGCCGCCAUGACCGUCGGGGUAUUAGCUCUGCAAGGUUCGUUCAACGAGCACAUCGCGGCGCUGCGGCGGCUCGGUGUUCAAGGGGUUGAGAUAAGGAAGCCCGAGCAGCUUCAGGCGGUUAAUUCUCUGAUCAUCCCCGGCGGCGAGAGCACCACCAUGGCCAAGCUCGCCGAGUUCCAUAACCUGUUCCCUGCUCUACGUGAGUUUGUAAAGGCGGGGAAACCUGUUUGGGGAACAUGUGCAGGUCUUAUCUUCUUGGCUGACCGAGCGGUUGGACAGAAAAAGGGAGGGCAGGAAUUAAUAGGUGGCCUAGAUUGCACUGUGCACCGGAAUUUCUUCGGCAGUCAGAUUCAAAGUUUUGAAGCCGAGAUUUCAGCCCGUCGGCUUGCAUCUUACGAGGGCGGACCAGAGACAUUCCGCGGAGUUUUCAUACGUGCACCGGCCGUUCUUGAUGUUGGUCCCGAUGUCGAAGUGUUGGCCGAUUAUCCUGUCCCGUCAAACAACGUGUUGUAUUCAAGCUCUACCGUACAAAUUCAAGAGGAAGAUGUUCUUCCCGAGAAGAAAGUCAUCGUCGCUGUGAAACAGAAAAACUUGUUGGGUACUGCAUUCCAUCCCGAGUUAACUGCCGACACCCGAUGGCACAGUUACUUCCUGAAGAUGACGAAAGAGAUCGAACAAGAGGCUUCUUCAAGCAGCAGUUCCAUUGUCCCCAUUGGAGGAACGAGCUUGGAUGCAGAGCAAGUAAAGCCUGAUCUUCCCAUAUUUCAAUAACCGAUUAAAGAACCCGGGAGCAGAAGAAGAAGAAGAACGAAAAACACUUUUCCCGAAAUAAAAACUUGGAAAGUUUCGGGUUUUAUUUCGUCAUAUUUUGAAAAACGCAAGAUAGUUUUCAUCAUUCAAAAGAAAUUCCAUAGGUCUCUCCCAGCAGAUUCAUGUAUUGUUUUCUUGAUUUGGUUCGGUCAAUACAGCUCGCGGUAGCUUGUUGAACUGAAGCAACCCUAUGAGUUUACAUAAAAAAAACCCUUUUGCCUCUC